UACACUAGACGACCCGGGCGCUACUUUCUCCAGCCACUCAUCCGCACUGCUCCCAGACUCCGAGCCAGAUGGUGAUCUAGACCUCUUGCCCUUCGUCUCCUUCCGGUGCUUCUUGUCCUUCUCGUCGCGACCAUCCUUCUUCUUAUGCUUCUUCUUGUGCCUGUCGCUUUUGUCCUUGCCCUUCCGGUCGUGGUCCUUAUGCUUUCCCAUAGUGCCGAGGCUCUCCUUUCCUGCUCCGAAUUCAGACCCUUCUUGGAGAGCUCUGAAAAGGACCAAUUCCCAAUGAGCUCACGCGUGGGAGCCUUCCAAUACUUCCUGCUCCGCAAACCACUUAGCUCCGCGCUCCAGCGCUCCAGAAAGGAUGCCCCUCCUCUCACCCACCACCCAGGCCGCCCGGCCGCCUCGUACGCUCCCCCAGCUGCUCCGCGCCCGGAAUGUCUCGUUCGCAGCGUCUCUGCUUUCCAUGGUAUGCGGAGGAACACUAUAUCUCUUCUCGGCUUACAGUACAACACUGGGAUACACGCAGACGCAGACAAACCUGAUAGCAAGUAGCGGCGGGCUCGGGAUAUAUCUCUCAGCUCCGAUCAUGGGCGCUUUGACGGAUAGAUAUGGACCGAGACGGACUGCGACGCUGUCUGCGUUUUGUCUGUUUUCGGGAUAUGGAUGCAUGGCAUUGGCGUAUAGGGCGUCUCUGUCUGCGGCGUUGAUGGCGAUCUGUUACGCAUCUGUGGGACUCGGGUCUGCGGCGGGCUAUAACGCAGCUUUAACAACAAACGUUCGCAACUUCGACCCACGCAUGCACGGCCUAGUCGUCGGAACAUCCGUUUCCCUCUUCGGCCUGUCAGCCUUCAUCUUCUCCCAACUCAGCAAACUAUUCUACUAUCCGGUCGCUCAGCAUUCAGAGGCCGUGGGAUCCAGUAGCGGUCCGACAGCCAUCGACACUUUUGGGUUCCUGCUUUUCCUGGCUCUCGCGACUGGCGGGGCAAACCUGGUCGCUUCGAUGGGGUUGCAGGACGUGUCGAAAGAGCUUGGGAGGGCUGUAGUCGGGACGAUAAGCCCUGGGUCUAUGGGGAAUAACUCGACAGAAUCCAGCGUCCUCAUCGGGGAAGAAGACAGGCAAAGCGACUCAGAGCCAGACGACGAAGGAGCAGCCGCAGCCGAGGUGACAACCGCACCCACCUCCCUCUUCCACCGCCCCGACGCCUGGAUCCUCUGGCUCGCCUUCCUCAGCCUCAGCGGCACCGGCCUCAUGUACAUCAACAAUAUCGGCGCAAUCAUCCUCGCCCUCUCCCCGCCGCACACCACCACCACCCUCCUCCCCCGCGCCGUCGUAACCAACUCAAUCGCAUCAACCCAAGCCCACCACGUCUCCCUCAUCUCCAUCUUUAACUGUCUCGGCCGUAUCACCACCGGCGUAGCAUCCGACGCCGCAUAUUCCCGGUACGCUACCCCCCGGCUUGUCUUUUUGCUGGGUGCAGCGGGGGUCAUGUUUGUCGCGCAGGUGGUCGUCACAUUCCUACCGGAAUCCAUCACCUUGUCAACAUCAACAGCUACGCUUAUACCCCCAACACACCUCCUAACCCUCGCAACCACUCUGGUCGGCUUCUCCUACGGCUCCCUCUUUUCCACCGCCCCCGUGAUCGUCUCCAAAUGGUUCGGGGUAGCCGGGUUUGGAACCCAUUGGGGUUGGUUCCAGUGGGGGCCGGCUGUCGGCGGGCAGGUGCUGAAUAUGGUUUUUGGGGUGGUUAUGGAUUCGAGGACGCCGAAAUCUGCCGAUCAUGCUGAUGGGACACACAAUACAUCGAAGCAGCACCCGCAGUGUACAGGAACCCACUGUUUCCGCCCGGCAUUCAUCCUCUCUGCCUCCCUCACGGCGUUUGCGAUUGGGUGUUUGGUUGUGUUGUGCGUUAGGAAACCGUGGGCGGCGCAGGGGUAUGAUGCUGUGCCCGCGAGGAGGGGGAGGAGGGAUGGGGGGAAUGAGGUGGAUGCUGGGGGAGUGGAUAGGCGUAGUGGGGGGAGGAUUAGGCGUAUUGUUGGGGAGGAGGUUCCUGAGGGGUGAGGGCGAGUGAAGAAAGCUGGUGAUCAUGUCCAUAUCUUUGUGGAUGUCCUUUGAGUUUUGAUGAAUGUGAAUUAUUUCUGACCCUUGAGCCCCGAGAAAGAAAACCCACAAUAUGAGACUGAAAAG